AUGUCGAAAGAGAAGAAAGAUGGCAUCGCCACAGCGCCCAGCAUCGAGGAAGGGCAAAUGGCCGCCGAAAAGCAGAUGCGCGACAUCGGCGCCGACCUAUAUCUCGAAGUCCAGCAGUAUACGCGGGAAGAGCUCGACGCAGAGAGGAAGAUUGUCUUGCGCAAGAUAGACUGGGUAAUCAUGCCAAUGAUCUGUAUGACCUACAUGAUUCAAUUUCUCGACAAAUUGUCUCUCAACUACGCUUCGGCGUACUCUCUUAUCCCAGAUCUGGGGCUCGAGGGCCAGCGGUACUCUUGGGUGGCUGCUAUCUUCAAUUUUGGGUAUUUGUUCUGGGCCUUGCCGGCGAAUUAUCUCAUCCAAAGAUUGCCCGUGAGCAAGUACACCGGGACCAUGAUACUCAUCUGGUCGAUCUUGCUCUGCUGCCAUGUAGCGGCUAAGAACUAUGCUGGCAUGCUGGUCCUGCGCUUCCUCCUGGGCAUGUUUGAAGCCUCCAUCUCCCCCGCCAUCAUGAACAUCGUCAGCAUGUUCUACACACGCUCCGAGCAGCCACUACGGAUGUGUGUGUUCCUCGCCUUCAACGGCAUGGCGACCAUGGUCGGCGCCUUGCUGGGUUACGGGCUCGGCCACGCCCACUCCCCACACAUCAAGACAUGGCAGCUGAUCUUCCUUGUCAUCGGACUCGUGAACUUCGUUUGGUCCAUCAUCUUCUUAUGGAUCAUGCCCGAUAGCCCUGCGACGGCCAAGUUUCUCACGCACAAGCAGCGCAUCGUGGCCAUCGACCGCAUCGCAGGCAACAUGAUCGGAGUCAAGACGAAGCAAUUCCAGACCAGCCAGGCGCUCGAGGCGCUGCUGGAUAUCAAAGUGCAUUGCCUGAUGCUGAUCGGCCUGGGCUGCGGCGUCAUCAACGGCGGCGUGUCCAACUUCGCAUCCAGUUUGAUCCGCGGCUUCGGCUUCGACGGCAUCUACGCCACGCUGCUGCAACUCCCCACGGGCGCAAUCGAGUUCGUCGUCGUCCCCUUGUGCGGGCUCGCUGCUGGCUACUUCAAAAACACGCGCUGUCUGAUCCUGGCCUUCAUCUGCCUGCCGCCGCUGGGCGGGCUGCUGGGUAUCCGACUUACGCCGCUCAGCGAGCGGUGGAGUCUAGUCGGAUGCACAUGGCUGCAGUACAUCGUCGGGGCGCCGGUGAUCCUGUCCUGGAACCUCCUUACCAGCAACAUCGCGGGACAUACGAAGCGGAGCACGGCGAAUGGGUUGUGGUUUGUCUUCUACGCCGCGGGCAACAUCGUGGGUGCGAAUAUCUUCUUUGCACGGGAGAAGCCGAGAUAUUUCUCCGCGCUGACGGGGCUGAUUGUGUGCUAUUGCGGUAUGUUUGCUGUUGCCAUGUUUCUAAGGCAGUACAUGUCCUGGGAGAAUAAGAGGAGGGAUAGGAGAUAUGGUGUCGGUGAGGACGAGCAGGCUAUCAGGGAUGGGUUCAAGGACCAGACGGAUAUGCAGGCAAAACACUUCAGGUAUGCGUUGUAA